CAGGUUAAACCCCUAUAUUAGUCUCGGUCCCUCCUCUGCCUGUGCGACUCUGACGUAGUAACCAGUGUGUCCCGCCGGUGAUGUGAAGAAGGGCGGUGCUGCCUGCUUACUGUAUAUUUUAGGGAGUCUCAUAGCGUUUGCCCUCUCUCUGCUCUGAGUUUCGUCGCGUGUCAACCUCAAAGAUAAUCGGGUGCAGGGAAACAUGGCUGGAUAUUUGAAAGUCCUCAACUCUCUUUCGAGAUCCGCCGCUGCUUUUUCCAGAAACCCCGUGGUGGUUGCGCCGGCUGCAAACUGCCAGACUUUACAACAAAGAAACUAUGCCGACAAACGCAUCAAAGUGUCCCAGCCAGUGGUGGAGAUGGAUGGAGACGAGAUGACAAGGAUCAUCUGGGAGUUCAUCAAAGAGAAGCUCAUCCUGAACAAUGUUGAUGUUGAGCUGAAGUAUUAUGACCUGGGUCUGCCGUAUCGUGACCAGACUGAUGACCAAGUCACCAUUGACUCUGCCCUGGCCACUCUGAAGUACAAUGUGGCGGUUAAAUGUGCCACCAUCACACCCGACGAAGCCAGAGUGGAAGAGUUCAGCCUGAAGAAGAUGUGGAAGAGCCCCAACGGUACCAUCAGGAACAUUUUGGGCGGCACCGUCUUCCGUGAGCCAAUCAUCUGCAACAACAUUCCCAGGCUUGUUACAGGCUGGACGCAGCCCAUCACCAUCGGCAGACACGCAUUCGGUGAUCAGUACAGAGCAACAGACUUUGUUGUGGACCAACCCGGCAAAUUCAAGAUGAUCUUCUCACCUGCUGAUGGUAGUGCAGGCAAGGAGUGGGAGGUCUAUGACUUUCCUGCUGGUGGCUGUGGAAUGGGCAUGUACAACACAGAUGAGUCGAUCACAGGCUUUGCUCACAGCUGCUUCCAGUAUGCUAUUGGCAAGAAGUGGCCCCUGUACAUGAGCACAAAGAACACCAUUCUUAAAGCCUAUGAUGGCAGAUUUAAAGACAUCUUCCAGGAUAUCUUUGAAAAGCACUACAAGCCCGAGUUUGACAAACUGAAGAUCUGGUAUGAGCACAGGCUUAUUGAUGAUAUGGUCGCCCAAGUGCUGAAGUCUUCUGGAGCCUUUGUGUGGGCUUGCAAGAACUAUGACGGAGAUGUUCAGUCCGAUAUCCUCGCACAGGGUUUUGGCUCUCUGGGAUUGAUGACAUCAGUACUCGUGUGCCCUGACGGAAAGACUAUCGAGGCUGAGGCCGCUCACGGCACUGUGACCAGGCACUAUCGCGAGCACCAGAAGGGAAGGCCGACCAGCACCAACCCCAUUGCCAGCAUUUUUGCCUGGACAAGAGGCCUGGAGCAUCGUGGCAAACUUGACGGGAACCCCGACCUUAUCAAGUUCUCCCAGACUCUGGAGAGGGUGUGUGUCGAGACUGUUGAGAGCGGUACGAUGACCAAGGACCUCGCAGGCUGCAUCCACGGCCUGUCCAAUGUCAAGCUGAACGAGCACUACGUCAAUACCACCGACUUCCUCGACGCCAUCAAGACAAAUCUGGAUAAAGCCCUCGGCAAGUAACGGACUUGAAAGUAUAUAGUUAGCCUGGAGAUGGCAAUGUCACUCAUCGGUUUUUGUACCUCAUUUUUAACUUAAAAGGUCAAUAAAUCAACUUGCAUUUUGUCUGAAGGAAACAAUACUGUCUAUAAGAUUAUUUAGUAUUCUUUUAGAAUAUUAAAAUAGUUGAGAACUGUGCUUCCACCUGAUGCCUCCCUAACUAUCUGUUCCACUUUUUGCAAGGUUUUAUUUUUGUAAUGUGAAGUACUGUAUUCAAUACUGUGUAAUGCCUUGUGCAGGACUGAAGCCCAUGUCAGACAUAUUUGACAAUAAAUCCAGUGUUUGACCCACUA